GAUGACGCUCGGCGCUCUGAUUGGUCGCCGCCUGGCUGGUGCUGACGCGUUCCUUUUAGUACAGUGAAUAAGUGACGCUGCGUUGCACUUUUUUUUCAGGCGUUAGUGGUGUGAACAGUCCGACAGCAGAAUGCCUGGUCCUGCAGCAAGUUCUACCAAUGUUGGUGCUUCUGGACGUUCUCCGAGUAAAGCUGUUUCGCCUAGAGCAGCAGGAUCCACUGUGAGACAAAGGAAAACGACAAGUAGUGGUACAAGAAGUUCAGGAAGGACCACAUCUGCUGGCACAGGGGGCAUGUGGAGAUUCUACACAGAGGAUUCUCCAGGUCUUAAAGUGGGUCCUGUUCCAGUUCUAGUGAUGAGCCUGCUAUUUAUUGCUUCAGUCUUCAUGCUUCAUAUCUGGGGAAAGUAUACACGUUCAUGAAAUCGCUUACUUGCCAAUGUAUUACUGGACCAAAUCAUUUGGACUUCAGAGAACAACAAGCUGUUUAAGUGCAGCUAUAACACUUGAUUUUCAACAGACUUUUAACAAUUCUCUUUUGUACAACCAUUAAACGCCAUAUUUGCUAAUGUUAUCUGCUAGUCUAUAAAUAACCUGGUGGGUCUCAACUUACUGAAAUGCUGAUAUUUUGCUAGCUGUAGUCUUGUGGGGGAAGUUACAAUAAAUGCCAUGAACCAGA